CUCUUUCCUUCUCGUCUUUCAGUGCAAAAGCAGCGCUUCCUUYCCGCAGCGGGAUUUUCGAAGCCACCACAAACCAUAGGAACAGCAAAGACACGGCUCGGAACAGAUCCCCGCGAUGAACCCCGGAGGCGACMGAGGCAGGUCUUGCAGCGAAAGCAAUGGGGACGGCAAGGGCAAUGGCCAUGGCGGUGGCGGUGGCGAUGGCAAUGGCAAUAGAGACGACAACGACAACGACAACGACAAGGGCGUGGAGAUGGCCGCCCGUUCCCUGAUCGCCAAACUCAAGGGCGAUUUCCGGGCCGAGGGAAAGCGCACGUGCCGCGAUUGCCUCCGUUCCAAGACACUGCCCUGUCCGAGGGUGGUGGAGSUCGCCGAGCAAGGCUUCCCGGCGGGUGCCGAAGGCGGCGGUGCCCUCCCAGUACUCGCAAGGGCGCAAAKGAUCCUCCUGGCCGGCUGCAAGAACGCGCUCCCCCCGGAAGGCGGUCUCGGGGCCGAAGCGGAUCGGACGUCGCUGGUUUGCAUGGACCAAACCUCCGCGGUGCUGCGGUUUGUCCAGCUGCUGCUGCUGCUCUCGGAGCGSGGACACGGCGAGGCCCCGGCCGAAACCUGUUCCGUCGCGGAGGCCCACAAGAUGACGGGGUCCCUCCUGCGGRAGUGGACGAGCGGGAUGUCCGCCUUUCUGGGGGCCAAGCGGAUUCGGGGGACCGGGGCUUCGUCGUCGUCGUCKUCUUCUUCUUCUUCCGGGGGCGCGGGGGACGGGAAGGAUCCGCUCACGGCGGACGCCACCAUUGGGGUUCGCCGCGGACCCGUCUUUUGCCACGCCUUUUGCUCGCUCCUGCGCAUGAACGAGUACGUGCAGAAACGCGGACCCCUGCUGGUGCCGUUGUGGAAGGGCAUCUGCGACCUGGCGGAAACGCUCGUGGCGAUCGACGACGAGGACGACGACGGCGAAGCGAGUGGCGGGGGGAAGGAGGACGGUGAUGACGACAAUGACAACGACGACAAUGACGACGACGAGAACGACGACAGUGAUUGGAGGGACCACUUGCCUCCCAGCCUCCUCGGUGACGCGAUUCGAAUCCUGGGCGAUUUCAUUCGAGAGGGGAAAGAGCGSCUGGAACUGGGAKYCGCCGCGCGUUGCUUGGUUCYCGGCAAGACCGACACAAGCRCAGCCGGGAACGACCCGAUCGCCUUUCAGGGAAAGUUUGUCGGCUUCCUCGUCGCCCGGAUGGCGCACCUCUUGAGGAUCUGCUUUUCCGUUCGGGGCCACGGGGUGGCGCAAGACGAAAACACCCGAGCGGGGAACGCACCAACCCACGACGCCUGGAGGUCGCUCCUGGGGCUGAGGGGCACGGCAACGGCGCUCCAGCUGCUCCGUUCGGCCGAAGACAACCGCGCUGCUUCCGCGCAGGACACGGAUCUGGCGGUGCUCAAGGUCUACUGCGAGCUUGCGGCCAAAGCGGGAAAGUGCGUCGCGGGGAUCGUGGUGCCGAAGACGAACGGAACCAAGAAUCGGCCAAGAGUGCUCACACCGGCCCUGGAGAGCCUCUUGCGGAGCGAAAUGGUGGAUCGCGGCGACGCCGAUGACGGRAAAAACGAGGAAUCCCACCGCCACAGAGAUUGCGACGACGACGUUCGGUCGAGAGCUCUUCGGUUGAGUACCAUGGGAAGAACCACCGGAAAGGUAUUGGUGUUGCAGCAGGUCCUUCAGUUGAUUCUUGGGAAAGGCGGUGGUUCCGGAACGGCCGAACCGCUCCUGGCAACGAUGGAAACCCUGCUUUCCUCGUCGAUUCCCCAGUGCCUCUCCGCCUGCAUCGUUGCGGUGCGGAGCGGGGGCGGCGGGCCCGGAGCGAUGCCCACCCAAGCGACGCUCCCCUCCACGAUCGUCGACGGGUCCCUCGGGGCCAUGGCGCGGGCCCUCCGGGAGAUCGAAUCGUCGCCGGAUCUCGCGGCCCCCUCCCAGCGGGGGGCCUACAACCGGUUGCUCGUGCGGUGGCUGGCGAGCGKAACCGGCGGCACUCCCAGGACUCCSAACGCCAGUGCAUCCGCACCACAACGCCGGCACCCGUGCCGGCAGCACCCCCUGGCACGAGAGAUGGUCUUGUCCCUCCUCCACACGCACCUCGCCGGAACGAUGGCGAACGCCCGCGAGCCCGGGAGUCCCGGCAGUGGGCCCGGGCUCCUGGCCUGCCUGACGAAAUUGUGGAUGGAUCCGCGCACGAGCCUCCUGCUCCGGCGAAACAUCGGGGCCUUGCUSGUGCGGCUGCAGUCCCCGCCGCCCUCCGGCGGCGCGAGCGAGGCUUUCCAAGAAACGGUCCGSCGGAAGAUCGAGGCCGAGUUUGMGGCCUGGUGGAACCAAGGCGCGGCCUUGCACCAAGCGCCGGGGAAGCGCAAGCGCAAACGGAACMGGUGCCCCUCGCCCCUCCGCUUGCGGCAGCAGGACGUGCUGGUCGUGUCCCGKGUGCUAGGUUCCGGAAGAACCGUGUCCAGGRGCUUGGGGUCUUCUUCCGYSGGAGGGGAAUGCCUUUCAAAAACGCUCCGCAAAGAGUUUUCGAGGCUGUCCUCGGUCUGCGCGAAUCCCUCCGCCCAGAGCGGGAGGGAACUGCUGGCCUUUGCGGACAGAAACUCGCUCCUGCUGGCGUGGCUGGAACGAUUCGUCGCCGCCGGACCGGGUUCUUCGUCGCUGGAACGCUUCCGGCAGGUUACGGGGCUGGACGCGUUCUCCGACGUGAUGCAGCCGGUGCUGUCCCUGGUGUCGUCGCUGAAAUUCAAACCAAAGCACGGCAGCGAUGGCAAUGGCAAUGGCAAUAGCAAUGGCGACAGCACCCAAACACUAAAGAARAAAGUGAUGCUGUACGCUGCCGCGAUGCGCCUCUCGGCCACCACGGCCACCGCCUUUGGCGAAAACGGCAAGCUGCCCCUCGAGAAGGUGUGCCUCCUGAUCAAGCACGCGGUUCAGAAGGAAGCCUUCCGAGAAACCAACGGCAACGCCAUCGACGGUGCCGUUCUCCGGGAMCAGCACUCGAUCCUAACGUUCGAGGCGUUGAACCUGCUAAGGUGCAUCGGAAAAGCCAUACCGAGUGUCUGCUCGGAUCGAGUUCUCCGGGUAAGUAAYCUUCGCAUCGAAAUACGGCAGAACCAAURAAAUCUCGUUCCCAACCAAUACCGCAACAGAGCCAAACACCCYACUCACACUUKUUUUUGAAAGACGAUCCGGCGGGCGUUUUCGUCCUUUCUUUCGUCCGACGAUUGGGCGGUGGCAUCGCUGGGCAUCUCCUCCGUCAUGUCCUUUGGAUCCGACCUCCACGAAGCCCACCAGCAGAUUCUGCCGCUCUGCCUCUCCCGGUCCAGCACGGGGCUCUUCCAGGCCCGCGCCAGCGGCCGGGUCUGGAGGGGGACCGACCCCGACGGGAAUCCACKCACCGUCGAAGCAUCCGAAUCCGUCUUGGGCGUCGUGGACAAGAUGGCACACCAAUGGCACGGGGCCACCCAUCCCGCCGAGGGGAGGAAGCCCACGGUCCGCGGCGUCCUCGGUUCGACGACCGCGUCCRCGAUCGCGCACGGGUCCUACGUUCUGGAAAUGCCCACCCAGGGRRACCGAACGGCGACGGUGGUCUUUCCACCCGGUCCGCAAUCCCUCGAGGACAUUCGCUACAUGCUCGGGCUGCAAGACGGCGGGGAGGUCCCGGCGAAGCGGCUGAAGCGCGCCGUUGCCACGGCCGGAGGCGGCCUCCGGAUGCUGCUGGUGCCGGUCUGACYGGGAUGUGCACGCAUAGAAUUUUUUCCUAGCCUGCCAGAAAGCAGGGAAUACACAGGUAGAUCGAUG